GUCUCGUUUCAUUCCUUCUAACAAAUCCGAGCAUUUAAGUUAGGUAGGAAGCUGUGACAACUCCAAGUGUUGGCUCCCGAGGUUCAGGUAAGUGAAGCAAUCAAACUGACCAUCAGCAAAAGUUUGAAGAAAUGGGAUCAUACACAGACUCAUACUCACUGAGAUCUGUAGCUGAUUUGCCUGCACCCUUUCGUUCCACUUUUAGUUUCAGGUAUUUUAAUUCCCUGCAAAGCGAAUGCUAUUCUGGUUGUUUUCUCUCAGAUAUAAACAUGGUCAUUUCAGCACCAACUGGAAGUGGUAAAACGGUGCUCUUCGAGCUGUGCAUUUUGAGACUUCUCUCAAGGUUCCUUUCACAGGAGGGAAGAUUUAAUCACAUAAAAGGAAACCUUAAAACAAUCUAUAUAGCUCCAUCGAAGGCUUUAGUGCAAGAAAAGCUCCGUGAUUGGAAUAUGAAGCUUGGUUCAUGGGGAAUUAAUUGCUUGGAGAUGACAGGAGACAGAGAAUUUUAUGAGAUAAAAAAUAUACAAGAGGCAGAUGUCAUUCUAACUACUCCUGAGAAAUUUGAUGCUGUCACCCGUCAUGGCAUAAGAGAUGGUGGCUUAAGCUUCUUUAGUGAUAUUGCACUUGUACUCAUUGAUGAAGUUCACUUGCUUAACGACCCUCGUGGAGCUGCCUUAGAAGCAGUGAUUAGCAGGAUAAAAAUGCUCUCUCGCAUCUUAGAGAUGAGCUCUAGUCCUUUGUCAAAUGUUCGCUUUCUUGCAGUUUCAGCCACAAUUCCAAAUAUUGAGGACCUAGCGGAGUGGCUCUUGGUUCCGCCUGAAGGGAUCAAAAGAUUUGGAGAAGAGAUGAGGCCAGUAAAGUUGAUGACCAAGGUUUAUGGUUAUGCUCCAGCAAGAAAUGACUUUUUAUUUGAAAAGCGCCUUCAAAAUUUCAUCUUUGAUAUCCUCAUGCAACAUUCAAAAGGAAAGUCUGCGCUUGUCUUUUGUUCUACCAGAAAAGGAGCACAGGAAGCUGCACAGUGCCUCUCUCAGACUGCAAUGAACCUGGGUUACUCAAAUCCAUUUAUAAAAUCCAAACAACAACAAGAAAGACUAAAGGAAGCUGCUUUAUCUUGCAGUGAUAAAAAUAUGCAGUCAUGCAUUCUUUAUGGUGUUGGUUAUCAUAAUGGUGGGCUUUGCUUGAAGGAUCGAAACCUGGUCGAGGGUCUCUUUCUGAAGGGCGAUCUCCAAAUACUUUGUACUACAAACACUCUUGCACAAGGGGUCAACUUACCUGCACACACAGUUGUAAUCAAAUCAACACAAUAUUUCAACAAAGAAAAGGGCCUCUACUUGGAAUAUGAAAGGUCUAUGGUACUGCAGAUGAGUGGCAGGGCAGGUCGUGCACCAUUUGAUGAUACUGGAACAGUUGUCAUCAUGACAAGAAGAGACACAGUUCACUUGUAUGAGAAUCUCUUAAAUGGAUGUGAAAUGGUGGAGUCUCAGUUGCUUUCAUGUGCAAUAGAGCACAUAAAUGCUGAGAUUGUUCAGAUGACAGUCUCUGAUAUAAGCAUGGCAAUUGAGUGGCUGAAAUGUUCAUAUUUGUAUGUCCGGAUAAAGAAGAAUCCUGAAAAUUAUGGAAUUAAGAGAGGAAUUCCUCGUGAACGCCUAGAAAAGAAUUUACGAGAAAUAUGCAUUCAAAAAAUCAAUGAGUUAUCAGAAUAUGGAAUGAUUUGGACCGAUGAAGAUGGUUUCCUUCUAAAAUCAUUAGAACCUGGAAGACUGAUGACAAAAUUUUAUUUGAAAUUUGAGACAAUGAAACUUAUUGUCAAAGCUCCUGGAAGUUCCAACUUGGGAGAUGUCCUUCAAAUCAUUUGCCAUUCUGAAGAGCUUUCCUGGAUCCAGCUGAGACGCAAUGAAAAGAAGCUUCUGAAUGACAUAAACUCUGAUAAAGAAGGUCGACUUCGCUUUCAUGUCAUUGGUGAGAAUGGAAAAAGGAAAAAGCGUAUACAGAUGAGAGAGGAAAAGAUAUUUGUACUAGCAAAUGAUGUCUUGACGGGUGACCCUUCAGUUCAUGAUUUGUCCCUCAACCAGGACAUGAACUCAAUAUGCUCGAAUGGGUGUAGGAUUGCCAAAUGCAUGAAAGAGUGUUUUAUCUACAGAAAGAACUACAGGGGAGCUACAAAUUCUAUACUUCUUGCCAAAUGCUUCCACCAGAAACUCUGGGAUGAUAGUCCUUUCUUGCUGAAACAACUCCCUGGCAUUGGAAUGAUCACGGCAAAGGCACUAAAUUCAGCAGGAAUUAAUUCAUUUGAAAGUAUGAUGGAAGCUGAUCCCAGAAAAAUAGAAAUAAUAACAGGUCGCAAAUAUCCAUUUGGGAACCACAUCAAAGAAUCUCUGCAGUCACUUCCUCCAGAGGUUGAGAUACAGAUAAAGGAGGUUGAGUGCAAAAGGCAAGGGAAAUCAAGGUUGAUAAUAGCAUUAACUCGUGUAUCACGCACAACUACAUCCGGCAAACACCACUUCGCUGAUAUGAUGGUUGGUUCAGAAGAAGAUAAUAUGAUUCUCUUUCAUGAAAAAAUAAGAGCUGAAGAAUUUUCCAGCCCCUAUAUUGUUACGCUUCUUGUAUCAUGCCCGCAAAAUGCGAGGGUGACUGUAAAGGCUGAUCUUAUUUUUGAAGAAUAUGUCGGCCUCGAUGUCCAUGAAAAAUUUGUAAUUACCAAGGAAUUCAGCUUUACUAAGACAGAUGAACACGGAAGUAAAGCAACGACACUUUCUUAUUCCUCCCCAAAAGAAAUUUAUAUCAUAGAAGCUGAUAACAAGAACGGACCUAAGGCCACAGCCGGAGAUACUCAGUUCUUAAGCAACUCAAACAAGGUUCAGUCUUCAGUGCCCAGCUUUGAUCUCCUACAGGACGAAACCGACGAAGAUUUGUUAACUCUUGAACAUGGAGAAACUGAGAGCAAAACCAAGACAGAAGGCAUGAUAUUUGACCACAUUCGCAAGAAGUCUAAAAAUUUUCCAACUCUUUUGACAUCGAAGGCAAUGGAUUGUUCGCACCAGCCACUGAUCCUGACAAGAAAAGGGACUCCUCUAGCGAACCAUUUUGAGCAGAAUGAGAUUGAGGUCCAUUUCGAUAAUGUGAUUCUGAUAGAUUCUGAACCUACCGAUGCCUCUCCAAAGUCCACUAAAGCAAUAAGCUCUCCAAUCGAGACAAAGGGAAGCUGCAAGAAAAUCUCCGGAAGCUCGAGCAGCAUUUCGGACAGUGAGUUUUCCAGCGCAUUUGCAGGUGACUUGAAUGAUGGGUCAGAGAACAACAAGCUCACCUACGAUGGCCCGCUGGAGGGUAUGAAGAUGGUGGGCUGCAAAAGAGCCUUUCCUAUGGAACUAGAUCCAGUUUCCAAAAGGCCAGAUGUCCAGCAGCACCGUUCGUUUGAACCACCAGGCGAUCGGAGGGAAGUGUCUUUUCUUGGGUUCAAGAGUGUCUUUUCAUUUCUGUGAUUGAUGACUGUGGAUAGAUCUGCUGCUUGAAAGCAAUCUGGAGCAACUUUCUACCAGACAAUGACAUUCCUCACAGGCUCUCUUCUUCUUCCUCUUGUGUGUAAAAACACGCCCCAAUUCAGUUGCUCAUUUUGCACUUCAAGGGAACUACUGAGGUAGAUUCUUCCGGAAGGACCGUGAGAACCUAUUAAUCUGCAAAUAUUUGAAGCUUAUAGGCAUCUGAA